AUGAUUCUCUCACUCCUCUCCUGGUUCCGGCGGCUUUACUCGCUCGAUACUCUGGACACACGCUUCACCGUCCCCGCCAACACUCCUGUCAAGGUCGCCGCUGAGGACACACGAUCUGGGUCCGCGAAGGACGCCCGCUCCAAUGCUGUCGCCAACAAUGCGUCUCCUUCGAAAUGGGGCACGCCCGAGUUCUUCUUCUACUACAUCAUCUUCCUAAUCGCCGUUCCGUUGAUGUUCAAGACUGUGGUUGAUGUGUCACAAGAAUCGCAUCCCACUUAUUCGACCUACUCUCAUUUAUUAUCGCCUGGGUGGAUACCAGGCCGUAAAGUCGACAACUCCGACGCGCAGUACUCGAGUUUCCGCGACAAUAUCCCCUACCUCUUGAUCCUCUUACCUGUGCACCCGUUCCUCCGUCGCGUCUACGAGUACUAUACUCGCUCCACGAACACCACGAAUAAUGGCACGUCCGUCGCCGCAGGGGGAGAUGCCCGCCUUGCCAAUCGCACAAGCUUCGAUUUCUACUUCGCCCUGAUUUUCAUCACAGCUCUGCAUGGCGUCUCUGCUACCAAGGUGCUGGCUAUAUUGUUCGUGAACUAUAAGAUUGCCAAAACUUUACCCCGGAAGUAUAUUCCCACGGCUACAUGGGCAUUCAACAUUGCAACGCUGUUUGCCAACGAGCUCUGCGGUGGGUACCCGUUGGCGCGGGUGGUUGCGUUCUGGACAUCUGCCGCGGACGACUCUGCUUUGCUUCAUUGGACUCGUAAUAUCGACAGCUUCGGGGGUCUGAUGCCGCGGUGGGAGAUUCUAUUCAAUAUCACCACGCUGCGACUGAUUAGUUUCAAUAUGGACUACUACUGGAGUCUGGACUACCCUUGUGCAAGCCCGAUUGAAAAACAACUCGAUCCAGCAGCUCUUUCGGAACGUGACCGGGUCAAGAUCCCGGCUGACCAGUCCGCUUUUAACGGCCGAAACUACCUCGCAUACGCUCUCUACUCCCCUCUAUACCUGACGGGCCCCAUUGUGACUUUCAACGACUACGUCUCCCAGCAGAGAUACGCGCCGCAGUCCCUGACGAAGACCCGCACCAUUCUUUACGGAACUCGUUUCUUCCUCACCCUGCUCUCCAUGGAAUUAAUCCUCCACUUCAUCUACGCCGUCGCAAUCUCAAAAGCAUCACCAAACUGGUCCCUCUACACCCCGGGCCAACUCAGCAUGCUCGCCUUCUUCAAUCUCCACAUCAUCUGGCUCAAACUCCUCAUUCCCUGGCGAUUCUUCCGCCUCUGGGCUCUCCUCGACGGCAUCGACCCGCCAGAAAACAUGGUCCGCUGCGUCUCGAAUAACUACUCCGCUUUUGCCUUUUGGCGCGGCUGGCACCGCUCCUUGAACCGCUGGGUUGUGCGCUAUCUAUAUGUCCCUCUAGGUGGUGGCAGCAACCGCCCCAAAACCAAUGGCAGCGGGACGGGCAGCAAAGCCCCUUCGUCCCCUCUCUAUGGCAAGGCCCGCCAGAUCUUCAACUUCCUCGUCGUCUUCACCUUUAUUGCGCUCUGGCAUGAUAUCAAUCUCCGCCUUCUGAUGUGGGGAUGGCUAAUCACCCUCUUUGUCUUGCCAGAGGUCAUCGGGACUUUACUCUUCCCGCCUAGCCGGUGGCGCUCGCAACCAAAUAUGUACCGCGUUAUCUGCGGUGUGGGAGCUGUAGGGAAUAUUCUAAUGAUGAUGGUUGCCAACCUAGUCGGGUUUGCCCUCGGUGUUGACGGGAUCAAGAGUCUUCUCUCGGAGUUGCUGGGGAGCUAUGCUGGGCUGGUGUACCUUGUCUCGGCUUGCUGUGCCUUGUUCGUGGGAGUGCAAGUGAUGUUUGAGAUUCGAGAGGAGGAAUUACGCGCUGGAAUUCGGAUGAAGUGUUGA